AUGGCUCCUCUCUCUGGAGCCUUUGGUGGCCUGAUCGCUUCGGCGAUCCUGAAAUUGGACUCUGUCGGUUCGCUUCAUGGUUGGCAGAUGAUUUUUGCAAUUGAAGGCAUCGUCACCAUGGUUGUUGCUUUGGUGGCAUUCGUCACACUGACCGACGGUCCACAGACUGCGCGCUGGAUGACGGAGGAAGAAAUGCGGAUGGUGAUUGACAGGAUCAAGUCUGAGCGUCUCAAUCAGGAUGAGCUGCUCGACAAAAUCGACGCCUCAAAGCUCAAACGCGGCUUCUCCAAUCCUGUCACACUUGCGGUAUCGUUCAUCUUUCUGCUCGACAGUAUCACUGUCUUAGCUAUCUCAUUUUUCUUGCCGACCAUCAUUCGGACCAUCUAUCCAGGCCGGUCUGUCAUCCAGCAACAGCUCUUGACAGUGCCACCAUACAUUGUCGCGGUGGUUUGCACUAUCCUGAUCACAGCCGUGAGCUGGCAGAUGAACUCUCGUCAGACUUUGAUUGCGCUUGCGGGAUUAUUCGUGGCUGUUGGAUACACAAUCUUCCUCGCGACUAUGAAUGCGAGUGUGCGUUACGCGGCUGUUUUCCUUUGCGCAUCAACUUGUUUCUCGUUGGGCGCAAUGACGAACGCUCAAGUUAGCGCAAACGUGCUAUCCGACUCCGCACGAAGCAUUGCAAUUGGUACAAACGUCUUUUUCGGAUACGUUGGUGCUCUGAUCGCGACUUGGACGUAUCUGCCUGGCGAUUCUCCCCGUUAUGCAAUCGGCAACGGCAUCAACUUAGGUUGUGCAGUGACUUGGACUAUUCUUGCGAUAUGUACCAAAUUGUGGAUGACACAUGACAAUGAGAAGAGGGACAAAAAGGAAGCAGAAGCGCAGCUGGAGCUUACGUUGCCCUCAGAAAGCGAUGUGACUAAUCUCGAGUGGAAGCAUCCAGGCUGGCGAUGGAAGCCGUGA